AUGUGCUCGAAGGCCAUCAUGCCAGCGACUGAUUCGAUACCUUUGUCCUCGGAGGUCGCAAGGUCAGGAACCCCUCCUCCUCCUCCUCCCACUGUUGACGUUGAUAACGACACCGACAACAACAACAACAACCAGGAUGAUGACCAUGGACAAGAAGAUGCAGACUAUAUCCAAACAACGACAUCUACAGCAAUACAGCAAGAUGACCACCGAUACCAGGAACAGGACCGAAGCAGACUCGAUCCUGAAGCUGACGACGACAAAGUUGGCGAGGAGGACGACUACGAGGAUGAAGGCGAUAUAGAUUGGGGUGACGAUGAUGACUCUUUUGGAGAGGAACCAGACCCGGUGUACGUCGCAGAUAUGCUUCGCCAGAGUGGGAUCGAUUGGAUGCAGUACCCCAAUUAUGCCACCCACCGACUUGUCGUCACUUCCAGCGCGGAAGAAACAGUAGCAGAGGGACAGGUUCCUGGUAGACAGUAUUAUCGAGUGAUGGCCCAGUUCCUAAUCCCUGGAUCUGCUAUCUUUCGGGAUUUCUUGCUCGGCGAGGGUCCAAACACCGCAGCCAACGGCGACGAGGACGAGGAAGAGGAGGAUGAGGAGGAGAAAGUGUUUCGGAAGGAGAGAUUGGCUUGUCUUCAGGACGGACCCUUCACCGACUCGGACCCCUCCCUCGCCGACAACAAUUACUUCCAGGACCCCACAAAUGCUCCAGAUAUCGCACGCAGUUUACUCGAGCCCUUGGAAUCCUACAUCUACCAACGCUAUGCACCCUAUACUCCCACCACCUCAUCCGACGCCGACAUAGACCCAUACGCCCACCAACCCUGGCUUCACCUCUCCCUCCUUCACCCAGAGCACUUCCCGGGGCUUCUACAAGUCAUGUAUACCAUGGACCUGGACACCUGGGUAGAGACGUGUUUCCGUCCAGAGACGAUAGUAGGGAUUAUUGAGACGGUGAGGGCGUUGGAGUGUUAUUCAAGGUUGAUGGUGAAGUGUUUGGAGUACUUCCGGAGGGUGGAGGAUAUUCGGGGAGUUGAGGAGUUUGAAGAAGAGCGUGAGGGAGGUUUGGAGGAGGUGAGGAGGUUGGUGAGGGCUGCUGUUGAGAGUGGUAUGUUGCCACCCGAUCCCGACCUUUGA